CUUGUGAUUCCAACAGUGAGCAACCGAGAUGGCCACAUAUCUGUCCUUACUGCUGCUGUUUGCAUAUGCCUCCACAAGCUCUUCAGAUCAAAGUAGCUGUAAGGGUCGUUGUGGAGAAGGCUACUACAGAGGAAGUUUGUGCCAGUGUGACUAUGAGUGUCUGAGCUUGAAUGAGUGCUGUACAGACUUUACAGAGUUGUGUACUACAAAGGACUCAUGCAAAGGAUGCUGCGGGGAGCCUUUUAAUAGAGGCAAUCUUUUUCACUGCGAUAUUGAUUGUGUCUUAUACAAUCAGUGCUGCACUGAUUAUGAGAGCAUGUGCUUGGUGGAAGAAACCUCCAAUGAGGAGAUGACCAAUGAUGAAGGGAUUGGAGGAGAAGAGUUAACGUUCCCUGAGGAUAAAAGUGAGUCCACACCUUCUGAGGGCCUUGAUGCAAGCACCAUACUCCCUGCUGAUGAGAACCCAACAGAAGGUCCAUCAAGCAUAGCACCAACAGAAGGUCCUAUAAGCACAGCCCCAACCAAAGGUCCUUCAGGGACAGUGCCAACAGAAGGUCCUACUAACACAGCACCAAAAGAAGAUGAUUAUGACACUAACCUCUGCAGUGGGCGUCCAGUCAGUGGUUUGACUACUCUCAGAAAUGGUACAAUUGUGGUGUUCAGAGGACAUUAUUUUUGGACACUGGACAAACAUAGAAAUCCUGAUCCUCCUCAGUUAAUUACAAGUGUGUGGGGAAUCCCAUCUCCCAUCGACACGGUUUACACCCGCUGCAACUGCCAGGGCAAAACCUACUUCUUCAAGGGAAAGAACUACUGGAGGUUUGAGAAUGGUCUGAUGGAUCCUGGCUUUCCCAAACCCAUCAGCAUGGGCUUCGGACAGAUUGGUCAUAUCACAGCUGCUUUAUCUAUACCUAAGUACAGAAGCAGAAAAGAGUCUGUAAUCUUCUUCAAAAGAGGUGGGAUGGCGCAAAAGUACACAUACAAGGUUACUCCAAAUUGUGGGAAAAAGCCAAGAAUUCCUAUGUUGACAGUGAGGACGAGAGCCAGACGACAAGCUGCUGCAGCUCUGGGGCAAGUUAUCAAUAUCUCAAAGACCUGGAGAGGAUUUCCGACCAUGGUGACCUCAGCUGUGUCUGUACCCUCAAGGGUGAAAGAGGGAUACAAGUAUUACAUAUUCUCUCAAAACAAUUAUCACAGCAUCAAAAUGGAAAGAGAAAAACCAGUGAUCCUCAAACCUGCUACAGGUCCAAAGGAAACCUCGGCAACCAGCUUCUUUAAAUGCCCAGAAACCCAGAAAAACUGAG